GGGCGGGCGGCGAUGGAAGUUGCCAGCGCCGUGCGCUUCCUGCUCGUGGUGUGCGGCUGCCUCUCGCUCCCACCGAGGGCCGAGCCCGUGUGCCCCGAGCGCUGCGACUGCCAGCACCCUCAACACCUCCUGUGCACCAACAGGGGGCUCCGCGCCGUGCCCAAGACCAGCUCGCUGCCGAGUCCGCUGGACGUGCUCACCUACAGCCUCGGCGGCAACUUCAUAACCAACAUCACCGCCUUCGACUUCCAUCGCUUGGGCCAGCUCCGACGGCUGGACCUGCAGUACAACCAGAUCCGCUCGCUGCACCCGAAGACCUUCGAGAAGCUCUCACGGCUGGAGGAACUCUACCUGGGCAACAACCUCCUGCAGGCGCUCGCCCCGGGCACGCUGGCACCCCUGCGCAAACUGCGAAUCCUGUACGCCAAUGGCAACGAGAUAGGCCGGCUCAGCCGCGGCUCCUUCGAGGGCCUGGAGAGUCUGGUCAAACUGCGGCUGGACGGGAACGCCCUGGGGGCGCUGCCCGACGCGGUCUUCUCCCCGUUGGGCAACUUGCUCUACUUACAUCUGGAGUCCAACCGGAUCCGCUUUCUGGGCAAGAAUGCCUUCGCCCAGCUGGGAAAGCUGCGCUUCCUCAACCUCUCUGCCAACGAGCUGCAGCCCUCCCUGCGCCACGCGGCUACCUUCGCGCCGCUGCGCUCCCUCUCCACGCUCAUUCUCUCGGCCAAUAGCCUGCAGCACCUCGGCCCGCGCGUCUUCCAGCACCUGCCACGCCUCGGUCUCCUCUCGCUCAAGGGCAACCAGCUCACGCACCUCGCCCCGGAAGCCUUCUGGGGCUUGGAAACCCUGCGGGAGCUGCGCCUGGAGGGUAAUCGGCUGAGCCAGCUGCCGGUGACGCUGCUGGAGCCUCUGCACAGCCUGGAGGCGCUGGACCUGAGCGGCAACGAGCUGACCGCCCUGCACCCCAGUACCUUCGGCCGCCUGGGCCGGCUGCGCGAGCUCAGCCUGCGCGACAACGCGCUCAGCGCCCUCUCCGGAGACAUCUUCGCCGCCAGCCCGGCCCUCUACCGGCUGGAUCUCGACGGCAACGGCUGGACCUGCGACUGCCGGCUGCGGGGCUUGAAGCGCUGGAUGGGAAACUGGCACUCGCAGGGCCGGCUGCUCACCGUCUUCGUGCAGUGUCGCCACCCUCCGGCCCUGCGGGGCAAGUACUUGGAUUACCUGGAUGACCAGCAACUGCACAACGGCUCGUGCGCUGGCCCCGCUCGCUCGGCCUCCCCGACCGCAGACGGUAGGCGGCCGUCCCUACCUACAGCCCCCGGAGAGGAGAUGGUGCCCCCUGCUGUCGGCCCCUCAGAGGAGCUGCCGCCGCCGCCGCAGCCCCAGCAGCGGGGGCGAGUUUUGCAGGGGCUGGUCCGCGAUGGGGUCUCCCGGGAGUUCCCGAGCAACCGCAGUGCCCUGAGACUGAGCCGGCGGGGCCCGGGUCCGCAGCAGCAGCCGGGCCCGUCCGCCGCGGCCCCAGCGCCACCCGCCCUAGACCGGCUCAAGAACCUGGAUCCCGGACGCCCGACCGCGGCCAGUCCGGUGCGCGCGCUGCCCGCCGUGACUGCAGCGGCGGGCUCCGAGCCCCCGCGGGCCAGCGGCAAACCCUGGCAGCGCGCGGCCAAGCAGCGCGCCGCGGCGCCGCAGGACAGCGCCGACGGCCACCCCGACGGCGGGGCGGGCCUGCCGCCGCUGGUGUCCGACCCGUGCGACUUCAACAAGUUCAUCCUGUGCAACCUGACGGUGGAGGCGGUGGGCGCCGACAGCGCGUCGGUGCGCUGGGCCGUGCGCGAGCACCGCAGCCCCCGGCCGCAGGGCGGCGCGCGCUUCCGCCUGCUCUUCGACCGCUUCGGGCAGCAGCCCAAGUUCCACCGCUUCGUCUACCUGCCCGAGCGCAGCGACUCGGCCACGCUGCGCGAGCUGCGCGGCGACACCCCCUACCUGGUGUGCGUGGAGGGCGUGCUCGGGGGCCGGGUGUGCCCGGUGGCGCCCCGGGACCACUGCGCCGGGCUGGUCACGCUGCCGGAGCCCGGCCGGCAGGGCGGCGUCGACUACCAGCUGCUGACCUUGGCGCUGCUGGCCGUCAACGCGCUGCUGGUGCUGCUGGCCCUGGCCGCCUGGGCGUCCCGCUGGCUGCGGAGGAAGCUGCGGGCCCGGCGGAAGGGCGGCGCGCCCGUGCACGUUCGCCACAUGUACUCCACCCGACGGCCGCUGCGCUCCAUGGGCACCGGCGUGUCGGCCGACUUCUCGGGCUUCCAGUCGCACCGGCCGCGCACCGCCGUGUGCGCGCUCAGCGAGGCCGACCUCAUCGAGUUCCCCUGCGACCGCUUCAUGGACAGCGCGGGCGGCGCGGGCGCGGGCGGCAGCCUGCGGCGGGAGGACCAUCUCCUGCAGCGCUUUGCCGACUAGCGCGCGCCGGCCCCCUCGAGGGGAAGAUCUCCGUCCACGGACCCUGGCGCACGUGCCAGAGAGGCCACGGGGACAGGCCACCGAGUGGGGGCACUGCCCCUUCAGGCUCCAGCCUCAGUCACUCAAGGGGUCCGGGGGACGCGUGCACAGCAGGGGUCCAGCGGUGGGCAACCACGGUGCAACGAUAAAAGGCUUUUGUGGCAUUGUGAGGAAAAACCCUACCUCCCUUCGGGGUAGGUGAGGGUUGCUCUUGCCCCCGGGUGGCAGAGAGAGAUUGGGGUGCCUGGCUUUUGUUUUGUUCGAGCCCAGCAGAGGAGUUUUCUUUCUAUUUAGAGCACAGGAAACUUAUUACCAUUACAAAGGAGACUUGGCAUCUGGCCCCACCAGCGUGGUGGUCUCUGCCAAGAAGGGCGAUGUUGUAAACAGGUGGUGAAGUUUCACACACUCACCAAUGAACUCUUUUAUGUUUUGGGUAAAAGAACAUUCAGGAUAAUUUAUUCUUUAAAUAGAGACUCUCUUUUUAAAAAAAAAAUUUUUUUUUUCAACAAUGUGAAGAGCUCUAACGUUGAACAAACUCAUCUGUAAACUCAAGGACUAAUUUAGUUGAACCAGCUGGUCAAUCGUUUUCUUUUGUAAACAUUUAACAUUUUGGUUUUUUUUUUUAAUCACACCACAAGAACGUUUGCUGACCGUGGGAUGUACUAAUAUUUCCUACUUUCUCAGAGAAGACUGUCUGAAAGGCUUCUCUGUCCGGGUUGCUCCUGUGGUUUUUGAACUUUGUUUUUUUAACCUAUGUAUGGAGAUGUCAGUGCCAGAUCUGAUCAAAGAAUGUAAUGUGUGUGUAAGUGAGGGCCCCGUGGGAGUCCAGCCUUCCAGUUCACUUACCACAUCUCUGACGAGGCUUUCACAUUGGGGUCCGUGGCCUGGGCUGCUUCUCUAGGUUUUAUCAGUGACUCACUGGGCCCUUCUCCCUGGAGCAGCUCAGUUAAGCAAGAAAGGUAAUUUCUUAGAGAGAUCAAAUGCUGAUUGACAGUGUGACAUUGGCCUGCAUGACUAUCUUACUUCUCCACGCCAUGGCAGAGGGGAAGAAAUUUUGGUGAAAAUGUGAAAAAGAAAAGUGUAUCAGUAGGUGUCUGUUUCUACUAAAGCCAGGAGGUUGUUAAGAUGCGUCCUCAAACCUCACUGUGAAAUAAUCAUCUAUUUUACAAACUAAUUCCUCCACUGCCCAGUGGCUUGUUCUUUCCCCCCCUAUGGUGUUAUUAAACAAUUUAUUUUUUAGUUAAGAACUGCAGUAUUCUAAGUAUUUUUGUUUUAAACUUAGGUUUAGGCCCCUUUGUUUGCUCAGUUGUUUCCCACUAUUUGGUAUCUUUUCACCCCCUGAUAUUUAUGAAAUAUGUGUUUAUCACUAAACGUAGUGCUAUGGUUUACAUUAAGGAUUGUGUGUGUGGUCUAAAGGGCAGUCAGUAAGGUGGUGUGCAGGCUGGCUGGCCAGUGCAAGCCGCUAAGGCCGACUAUGACUCUUCUGUCCCCCUCCACCCCUGUGGGUCCCAUGGCUCAGGGAGUCUAUUACAGUCGGGUUCCCCCACCCCAAGCCCACCCCUUCUGUGUUUGGUUUCCAUUGAGCCAGGUCUGCUGUGGUCCCAACAGCUGAGUUGGGACCCCAGGAUCUAAAUGAGCUGAUGUUUGUUUAUGUUCAGAUGAGGAAGUGUCCAGACCACUUAAAGUACAGCUGCUUUUCUGGCAGUCUUAUCUGUGGGGCUAAAACUUAAUAAACCACAGGAAAUAGAUUGUCAUUCUCAAUCUGUUGCCAGGACUGGUUUUAGAUUCAGAGCAAAUUGGGACAAGGGCGAGGUACAGUUGUUUGCUCUUCUUUGCAACCCUUGGGCUCUUCAGCCCUUCUUACCCCCUGGUUUUUGUACACUCACAGAGUGACCACAUUUCUUAGAUGUUCCUUUUGCACUGCAGUAGGGUAGCAAGUCCCAGGGCAAGUCCCAGGGUAAGGGAAAGGUCUGGGUUCUUCCCAUUCUUUCAACUGCAGAACACCACUGAAAAUGCUUAGUGCCAGAAUCUAUGUAAAAACAGUUUCACUGGAAGGCCUUUCAGUGGGAAAUGAACAAAUGUUAUACAUUGUUAUGUUCAGUUAUGUCAAUAAACCCACUUAUUAUUGGA